UGAUUUUACUUCUUAUUUUUACUUUUACUGAUCCCAGAAAUUUUUUUCCAAUUUUUUUUUCAAUUUUUAAUUUAAAUAGGGCACAAAAUGGCACAUAGAUAUCAAUUUUAUAAUAACUUUCAACAAUCUCCACAGCCUCUCUACAAACAACAAAGCUUCCGAAUGCAGCCUGAUCAUCUUAUUCGAACUGUUACGACAUCAAAAAUUUUGCAGGAACAGCGAGCGGCUGAGGAAAAGGCUAAAGCAGCAAUGCCUCCUUAUGGAAGUGUUCGUAUGCGUCCAGAGAUUUUAAUUCAAGCGGUUACAGAAUCAAAAUUGGCUCGAAAGCGUGCUGUGGCUGCUGCCAAACUUGAGGCGAGGAAAGCUGUUGAAUCGGAAAAAUUGAUGGUGCGUAGGGCUAUUACUCCACCAGAUUUUGGCUCAUUAAAUGAUAAUUCGAUGUUGAAACUUGCUGAUUUUGUGCCGGGAGUACCGCCUAGCUAUGAAAAAGAAUUUAGCUAUAGAGAGUUGACUAUGCCUGUUCCGUUGCCAUCUGAUGGGCUUUAUUCGAAAGAGCAAAUUCUGAUAAUUGGAGCACAGGUUGUUAUCAAUGCGCAAAAAGCUGGAGCUUAA